AGUUCGUUAAUUUAAUGGUUCGUUAUUUUAAAAACAAAAAUGUCAAAAAGAUUUGUGGAAGCAUUUUACGGUAGCGACGAAGAAGUUGCCUGGGGUCCAAAGACCUCAAAAGAAUGUAAGGCAGACAUUGAAAGACAUCGUCAAUGGCAAGGUAGAGGUAGAUAUACUACACAUUGUGAAAUUAAAAGUUACAACAAAAUACCCAACAUACAGAUUGAAAACAAGAUGGAACCGUCUGAACCUGUUAAAGAGGAAGAUAAUCAAAUUCCUGACAUAUCAUCUUACUUAACAGCUUCAGAAGCUGGAAAUGCUAGGAACGAUUGUGAAUAUAAACACGAUAGCUUAUUGGAAUAUCACUCUGCAAUUGAAAAAAGUAGUAACUCGGCACCUGAACCUGAAAGUUCUGUCUACUUUUCUGGCACGGAUAUAGAAAAAUCGGCAAAUACAAACGUAAUAGAAGAUAAGGCUCAUCAUUAUAGAGAUAUUUCUCAAUUAAACUUUGUGCAAAAUUCUAUGGAAAGGACCUGUGACUAUAUUUUUGAAAAUGAGUAUCAAACACUUAUUGAUAAUACUUUUAAUUCUCCUGGAAAGUCGUUUACAGAUUUUGAGAGAGAUGUAUCUGCAAGUCCGAUUGAAAUUUCCAGUGAUGAAGGAAAUACUACAGGUGAAUAUCAAAAUACAAGUUACAUUCAAGUUAGCAGUGAGGAUGAGAAAAAUAAAAGUGAUGAAGAUACUGCUAAGGAUAUACAAUUUCAAGAGAGUACUUAUCAUAAUAGAGGUGCAGCUAAUUGUUCUCUUUCAUCUGCAAUCUCCCUCCCAGAAAUCGAUUUGCAACAGUUUAAUGAGUCCAGUGACUGCCCCUUAGAUGAUACAAUAGAAAAAAUUAAUGCCAUUUUAAAACAGGCAAAUCUAUCUAUGAAUGACAGCUAUCAAAGUAGUGAUGAAAUAGCAGAAAGUGAUAAGGAAAAUGUAGCUGAAAAUUCCGUAGCUGAUAUUUAUAAAGAUGCCAAUGAUAAAAAAGGAAGUUAUAAAUUGUGUCCACCACCCGUUAAUUUAAUAUCAGGAUCAUUUUUACAAAAAUCUAUGUCUUCAGUUACCCCCAUUAAAGAUCACACAAAUUUGAAGUCUCCGAGUCCAUAUAAGAGUAACAUUCCUUUAUUUAAAAAGUCACCAAAGUCAUUUAGGGUACCAAAUGUUCCUCCAAAAUUAAAAAGUGGUCAAAAAACGUUAAAACCUAAUCUUAAAGAUAUUGUUAGUCCAGUUAGAAUGUAUAUUAAUUACAGUACAAAUCCUGUAUUAAAAAAGAAUGUACAUCUGGUAGACAGGAAGGUGACCAACAAAGCUGAUAUAUCUUCUAGAAUUCCAGAGGUUAAAAGAACUGAUAAUAUUGAUUCCCUGCCUACUACAAUUUACAAACCUUCCAAACGCCAAAUAUUAGCUUCUGAAAAACAUCUGAAUCUCCCUGCCUCCAUAGAAAAAAUGGUCAUUAAAUCUAAUGUGAUAAGAAGUGAAAAGAAGUACCAGCCAACGUCCUUAUUUACAAAUAUGAGUUUAGAUGCAGACUCAGAGCUAACCAAAACAUCUCUAAGUGAGAGCCAGCUGUCCGAGUCAGAUCCAAACAUGUCUAUGUUAUACAAAGCAUCAGCACUGAGAAAGUAAUUACAUAUAUGAUUUAUUAGGUUCCAUGACAGUUCAUAACCCGACAAAUGCUAACAGUGACAGUUCGUAACUAUACAUAUUCGUAACGCCAAGAUUUAUUUUUUUUUUUUUAGCAAAUUUAGUAUUAUUGAAUUUACACAAAAAUGCAUUUUGCAUACAUUCCUAUGCUAAAAGUAAUGGUACUUUUUUUUAUUUAUUUCGGUUAAAGAAUUUUUUAAAAUUAUUUGUCUUGAAUUAUCACUUUAUAAAACUAAGUGUUAAAAAUAAUGAAACAAGUAAAAACAGUUUAAUAAUAAUAAUGUAUUUACUAUAAUAAAUAAUACAAUUUACAUUACUAAUAGAUUCUAUUUUUUAUUUUAAGACAUAAUUUUAAAAUGUUGUUCGGAAGCUAUUUCCUUGUGGCAUUUUUAUAAUCAACUAUUUUCAAUGGGAAAUAAGCCACAAUUUUACCAAAAGAUGAUUUUAUUAACGUUUCGACGCCCUAGUCGGGUGUUGUUGUAAAAUGCAAAAUAAUACUAAAUUAAACAAAAAUGUUGUUGCUUAGUAAAAAAUUCUUCUAAUAAUUUAUUUAAUCUGACUCAUUUAUAUCGGCAAUUCAGACAUGUAUUUUAGUAGAAGACUUUAAAAUGAUAUUGCCAAUAUUGAUGAAUUGCGUUCCUGGGACGACUUUACUAAAAGAUAGUUCAUUUGAUUACAUCAACUCAAGAAUAUCCGCCACAAAAAAUCAUAGCAUGUGAUCUGUCUUUAAAAAGACAACCAAAUGCAACGGUGGCAGUAAAAUUCUCGCGCUAGAGACUCCAUAGUAAAUCACGAAUGAAAACCAGGAAAAACCUUGUGAUACUAUCCCGACAUCGUAAGUAUUUGGGCUUACAUUUAGUUUACUCUCAAACAUAAUACCAAAUUCCGACUUUAAUAAUAUAUAUUAUAUGCUAUUUUAAAUUAUAAAUAAUAAUAAUACAUAGAUAUUAUAUACAUAAUACUAAAAUAUAAAAUAUGUACUAACUCGAAAUGUUACUGACUUACUAAUCGUGGUAUUUUCUUUCUAUUGACUUCCUCUUUCAGUAUGGGUAACCACAUCCUACUGCAUUCUACCGAGGAAUUUGCGAUACAAUUGGUUUCAUUUAGCAUAAUUAGAGCCGCUUCUUUGAUUUAUCUCUUUUUACUAUAUGUUUCUUUCAGGACUAUACUUGAAUCUCUCCACUGAACUCUAUGUUCAUUAUCCCAUGCGUGUUGACAUAUUUGAGAUGUAUCAAAUUCUCUAUUUUUAAUAUAAGACUGAUGUUCACUUAUUCUAACGUUUAAUGGUCUUGAUGUUUCACCUAUAUAAAAUUGUUCGCAUUCACAAGGUAUUUUAUAAAUAUUCACAAGGAAUUUGGUAUUAGAUUUGAGAGUAAACUAAAUGUAAGCCCAAAUACUUACGAUGUUGGGAUAGUAUCGCGAGGUUUUUCCUGGUUUUCCCUCGUGAUUUACUAUGGAAUCUCUAGCGCGAGAAUUUUACUGCCACUGUUGCAUUUGGUUGUCUUUUUAAAGACAGAUCACAUUUUUUGUGUCGGAUAUUCUUGAGUUGGGUUGAUUUCAUGUAAUCAAAUGAACUAUCUUUUAGUAAAGUCGUCCCAGGAAUGCAACUCAUCAAUAUUGGCAAUAUCAUUUUAAAGUCUUCUACUUUAAAAUGUAAAAUACAUGUCUGAAUUGCCGAUAUAAAUGAGUCAGAUUAAAUAAAUUAUUAGAAGAAUUUUUUACUAGGCAACAACAUUUUUGUUUAAUUUAGUAUUAUUUUGUAUUUUGACAAUGACACCCGACUUGGGCGUCGAAAUGUUAAUAAAAUCAUUUUUUUGGUAAAAUUGUAGCUUAUUUCCCAUUGAAAAUAGUUGAUUAUAAUUUUAAAAAUCUAUAAUUAACUAUUCUAACUGGGAAAUAUGCCACAAAUUAACUUGAAAAAAUAAUUUUAUUAACGUUUCGACUUCCACAUCGGACAUCGUUGUCAAAAUACAAAAUAUUAAUAACAUUAAUAUUUGGUAUAUUGACAACGACGUCCAUUAAUGUUAUUAAUAUUUUGUAUUUUGACAACGACAUCUGAUGUGAAAGUCGAAAUGUAAAUAAAAUUAUUUUUUCAAGUUAAAUUGUGGCUUAUUUUCCAGUUAGAAUAGUUAAUUACAAAAAUGCCACAAAGAAAUAGCUUCAGAACAACAUAAAAAAUUUAUUUCUCCACGAAAUAUGAAAUGUGUCAAAAAUAUUUAUUCUGAUGCUGGUUCGUUAAAUUGAGAAACGUAAUUUCCAUUGCAACUGUAAAAACAGUUAGUUUCCACAUUAACAAAAAUAAACAAAAUAGGUCCAUUCCAUUGUCCUAUUACGAAUGUGUAUAGUUACGAACUGUAGCUGUUACCAAUUGUGCAGUUACGAACUGUCGUGUUACGAGAUGCCUGUUCGCGAUUUUACAAAACAUACCCGCUCUCAGCACAAGCUCCGCCUACUACGCAUACGUCAUUCAGAACUGUAAGUAUCCCUAACCGAUAUCAACACAUUUUACUAAAUUUACUUAGAGAAGAAAUCUCGGAGGGAACAAUAAUGCAGUUUUAUGGUUUGAUAAAUGUUUUAUUAUUUAAAACUUACAGAUAAAACAUAAUUUUAGUGGGUAGGCGUAAAAUUUGCUUGUAAUGCAUUCAUUUUUUUUUUCGAAUCCUGAGAAAACUAAUUAGUAUUUUUGAAAAAUUUAAACGCAGAUUAGAUUUCAAUAUUACCGAGGGCCGAAAGUCCGUGAAAACUUAUAUGUUUAUUUUAAUAAGUUACAGGGGUAAAAAGGAGAAAAUUGAAUGUAAUUUUUAAUUUCAAAUAUCUUAUU